CAGCCCUCCGUAGCGCCGGUCGGGCGGCCUGACUGGCUGCUCGGGCUCUGACAUCACACAGUGGCCAGCUGUUGAUUUGGCGCUGUCUCCAAGGCUGGCCGGCUUGAUGGGUUGUGGCAGGUAGACUUGUGCUUGCGCAGCGUCGUCCCCUCCCUCUUUGCGAGAACCGUCACCCCCUCCCCUCUCCUCGUGCUCUCCUUUUUAGACCCCCCUCUUCCCACCUCGCACUCUCACUCUUCCGAGCGCGUGUGCAGGAGGCAGCAGCCAGAGGAGCGAGCUGGGAGGCGACUCCAGCCUCCUCUUCAGCAAAUAGUGCCUCCUGUCCACCAUGGAAACUAAAGAGCCGAGUAGCAGAAGGGAUGGAGGGUAGAGCUGCCGGGCAGGUCAGCGAGGGUCAUGUGGGUGUCGGAGGCCCCGGUUGCCGUGCAGAGCAGCUGAAGCAGACAUGGAAAAUAAGUGUCUGGCGGAAUCGGUAGGCUUGGCCCUGUCAACUUCACCAGCCACCUCCUCCUUUGCCACUACCUUCUCAACUGGCUACGCACCAAGUGCUCUGUCUUCGCCAACAUCUUCCUCAAAAAUUUGCAAUGAGAAUGUCUGAUAAAGCUGACACUGAAACAAUGAAGGUUUCCGAGGCUGACGACACCGCGUCAAAUCGAAAGGACAACGCCAUUCAGUCCGAGGUGUCUGAGAAGGGCGACAAAGACGAUCCUGGCAGCAUCAAUACAAAGGAACCCAAGCCAGUGAAGACAUGUAACUCUAACACCAGGCUAAGGCUUGUUCGCAGCCUGGCAAUAUGUGAGGAGUCCUUCCCUUGUCCAAUUCUUGAGCCGUCAGCCGCACCUCAGGAUGAAUGCCUUCUUGGAGUGUUGGAAAAGGAAGAUGGAGCUACACAGGAACAGGCUGAGAAAGAAGUUUGCUUCGACAAGGCAAACAAAGCUGACAAAAACCAGAGAAAAGGGUUGUCCAGAGAUUCCAGUCAGGACUACACCGACUCCACUGGCAUAGAUCUCCAUGAGUUUUUAGUCAACACAUUAAAGAGCAACCCCAGGGACCGAAUUAUGCUGCUCAAGCUUGAACAAGACAUCUUGGACUUCAUCGGCAACAACGAAACCCAAAAAAGAAUAUUCCCACCUAUGACGUCCUAUCAUAGGAUGCUGUUGCACCGCGUGGCCGCCUACUUCGGGAUGGACCACAACGUGGACCUGACCGGAAAGUCUGUUGUCAUCAACAAAACCACCAGCACAAGAAUACCCGAUCAGAAAUUCUCCGAACACAUCAAGGAUGACAGGGCGGACGAUUUCCAGAAACGCUACAUUCUCAAACGAGACAACUCCAGCUUUGAUCGCGACGACAGCACGAUUCGGAUGCGUUUGAAAGCAGACAAGAAAAGCAAAUCGAUGGAGGAGAGGGAGGAGGAGUACCAACGAGCCAGAGAAAGGAUAUUUGCACAUGAUGGUGAUGAUCACUUCAUCCUGGAUAGAAGCUCUCAGGAUGAAGACGCAUGUAUGCGCACCCAGCACAGGCGGCAAAUGUUCAGGUCACGGGCCGGCCGUUCGGCUGCCAGCUGGCAAAGCAGCUCCGAGACGGACACGCUGCCGCGACAGAGCGAGCCCCGACCGUGGAGCAGCACUGACAGCUCGGACAGCUCCAACCGCCUGGCCCCGCGACCUGCCAUCACCAAGGCCAGCAGCUUCAGCGGCAUAUCCCGCAUUCUGGCGCGAGGGGACAGCAGCGCCAGCAGCAAGAGCACUGGGAGGCUUUCCAAAACAGGAUCAGAAUCUUGCAGUAGCGUCGGUUCUUCAUGCAGUUCGCUGUCUCGUCCCCACCGGCCUUUCACGGUGCCAGCCUCUUUGCGGCCCAAAAUGCCCUUAGUGCACCCGACUGCGGAUACUAAAGGCUCGGCACACAACCCUAACAUGAUCAGGAGCGCCCCGCCCUCUGCUGACGCCACAAAUUAUUAUGUGUUGUCAUUGGAGGCCUCAGGGAUACCACCUGGCAGCGUUCUGGUCAAUCCACACACAGGCAAGCCUUUCAUUCAUCCAAGCGGCAGUGGCAUCGCUUAUAAUAUGGCCAGUGUGGCACCCCCUGCUGGUAGGGGCCCACAUCAAGGGAAGGCGGCGGUGGCGGCACAUCAGCUAACCUCGGUUGCAAGCCAGCAGCAGCCACCUAAUCACCUUCACUCUCAGCCAUCCUCUGAACCUGUCCAUAACCCGACGGUCUCCUACCAUCUUCCUCCUCCUCAGUUCCUGCCCGUCUGUCCAAACCAACAGUACACUGUGCCUGACUCCCUCAACGCCCAAUUUAGUCAUAUGACCCUGGCGCAGCAGUCGUCCAGCAGUAGUGGCGCGCCAGCCGUUGAUGCCCGCCACUAUGCAGCUGUGUACCACCACCCCCACGCCCCGCUGCUACUGCAGGGAGCGCCCUCACAGCAGGUUGCCAACUACAUGGUCGCAGGGCCCUCGGGGGGCCACCCAGGGAUGCUCCAAGGCCAGCAUGUCCCACUUCCUGGUCUUAGCCAAGCAUAUGCCAGCAGCAUGCCCGGUCAUGCUGCUUUCCCCGCAUCCAGUCUGAACCAGCAACACACCAGUGUGCUCCAGCAGCACACCUACAUCCACCAACCUGUUCAGCAGAUGCCCACGUGCUACUGCUCUUCCACCCACCACCCUCAGUGCUCCAACCAACAGCAGAACUACCGUCCGCCUGUAAACCAUCUGGCCUACAAUGGCCCUCACAGCCAAAACCUGCCACCACAGCAAGUGCACCAGCCUGUGAUGUCGAGCCCUGUGUCCAGUUACCAGACCGUAGUGGGUGUGCAGCCAACACCCAACUUCACCAUCACUGCUGCCCAGCAAAGCAAUAUUGGCAGUCAGAUGCAAGGGAUGAUGGUGCAGUACUCCCCAGUGCAGUCGUAUCAGCAGGUGUCCGUGCCACAUCAGACGCACCAGCAGCCAAUGUUGGUGUCGUGCCAGCCAGGACAGGGCGCCGUGGCGGUCGCUGGCAUGCAGCCCUGCUACGGCCUCCUCCCUCCUCCAAACCAGCACACCACCUUGAGUUCCACUGUGAGUUUCCUCCCCUCUCCGAUGAUGGAGCAGCUCCAGUUUCCUCAGAACUCAUCCUCCAGUGUUGCCCAGCAGAACCAAGGCCAGCAGUACACAGCAGGGUUGUUGCCCCCACCCCCCGGCAGCGGCAUGAUGAUGUUGCAAAUAGCAGCGCCCCCCUGCCAGCAGCCCCGGGCCCCCUCCCCCUGCCAGCAGAAGCAGCCCAGCUACAAACACCUGGGCCUGGAGCACCAGCGCGGCCACCGACCGACGGAACGCCCGCCGCCUCCUGACAACACGCAGAGCAGCCUGUCCUCGUCCCCGACACUCACACCCUCGCCGGGCCAGUCGCCCAACGUCAAAGGCCUCCCAACGGGCAUCCCGUCCAUCCCCGUCAUGGCCCACCAGCACCACCUGCAGCUUCCUGCAGCCUUCUGCCACAGUGGACAAGGUGAAGCCCAUUACUCACUAUUAGGUCAGCCGCUGCAGUACAAACACGCCAUCAGACCUCCGCUGGUCCAUGCGGCGCACCUGGUGACGAAACAUCAGGGUCCAAUGGGGGUUUGGCGUAGCGGUCACGGAAGGAAGGCCGGCAGAAGAUCUUUACCCACAGACCACAGCGUAGGUGAAGCAGCAGUGAGCGGUCGGAUCUUGAAAGUGAUGGAUCCUUGACCUGGCCCGACCCUCCAAGACCUGACACUACAUCAACGCCGCAGACGCUUCCGCUUUUUUUUUUUUUUUUUUUGCCACAGCAGAACUUGUACCAGACUCCACAAAAAAAAAGGAGCUGUGGGACAAAACCAACUGCUAGGUUUUGGUGCGCCAGUGGAAGCGCCGAGUGAACCUCCAACCUCUGCUGCCUCGGUCUGGACUGUUUCACAUCCCAGACUGACCACUUCACCAAAUCAGUAUCUUCAACCUUCUCUUGUUGUACUUUCCUUUACCUCUCCACCCAGCUGACAGGUCUCUGCAGGGUGGAAACUCAACACUGUGGGCUUUUUUUCUUUUUUUUUUUUUUUUUACCUUUUUGCUGAAAUAUUAGCAAGUUUAUUAGUGUGACAAUCGAGCUAAGUUUUCAUUCAUGCCCAAACAAUAAUAAAUAUGACUGAAUAUAUAUA